AUGCAGUGGGCUCUGCGGCCAGAACCCAGGGCUGUCAUUACGCGUCCAGCCGGGUCCCUCGAUCGUCCUCCGGUGCUAUGGCCGCCCCGCCGCAGCUGCGGGCUCUUCUCCAGACUGUCAACACGCUGCUGCGCAAGCGCCGCUACCACGCUGUGUUGGCCAUACUUAAGGGCUUCCGGAACGGGGCUGUCUAUGGAGUCAAAAUCCGGGCGCCUCAUGCACUGGUCAUGACCUUUCUCUUCAGGAGUGGCAGUCUCCAAGAGAAACUGCAGGCCAUCCUGAAAGCCACAUACACCCACUCUUGGAACCUGGCCUGGUUUGUGUUCACCUAUAAGAGUCUCUGUGCCCUACAGUCCCAUGUGCAAGGCGAUACCCACCAGAUGCACCCUUUCCUGGCAGCCUUCAUCGGAGGCCUCCUGGUGUUUGGAAAGAACAAUAACAUCAAUAGCCAGAUCAACAUGUACCUGACGUCACGCGUCCUGUUUGCCUUGUGCCGCCUGGGUGUGGAGAAGGGCUACCUCCCUAAGCUCAAGUGGGACCCGUUCCCCUUGCACACGGCAGUGAUUUGGGGGCUUGUGCUGUGGCUCUUCGAGUAUCACCGGCCCACUCUGCAGCCCUCACUCCAGUCCUCCAUGACCUACCUCUACGAGGACAGCAACAUGUGGCAUGACAUCUCAGACUUCCUCAUCUUCAACAAGAGCCGCCCCUCCAAGUAACACAGCCCACGGUGCUUAAGGAACGCCUCUGCCCAGACAGCUUCCGGCAGUGUCCAACUGCUGCCCAGAGUAUGGUUCUGUCAGCACACUGUCGUGGAGGAUCCUGCCUUCUCAAAGUCAUGGACCUCACACUCCAACUUGUUUUAUCCCAGCCAGGGUUCCAUUUGCUGAAGGAAAAGCCCUGAGUGUGCACCUGCCAGGUACUUUUGAAUAGUCUUUGUAGCAAGUGGUGCAUUAAGGAGUCUGGGGCUUGACUUCCGCUGCUUCUCUGACUGGGUCUCAGGGCAUUCAGUUCAGGGGAGGCCCCUUAGAGAAGAGUUUCUUUCUGGUGGGUAUGAUAGCCUUCCCCUGUGCUGUGUAUCAGAGGGCUCUUUGCUAGUGGGCAACAGGUUACAAAUACCUUGGGAAAAAAAAAACUACACUAAACCCUUUGUGUAAGGUGUUCUGUUGAGAAGUUCAGGAGCCCCAUUGUCCAAUAGAAACACAACGUUAUGAGUUUUCAAAAGCUGGAGGUAUAGCUUAGAGGGACAGCACUUGCCAAGCUUGUGCGAGACCCUGGAUCUAUCCUCUGCACUGGAAAUAAAACUUCUAGUGCCGGGCGGUGGUGGUGCACGCCUUUAAUCCCAGCACUCGGGAGGCAGAGGCAGGCCGAUCUCUGUGAGUUCGAGGCCAGCCUGGUCUACAGCGCGAGAUCCAGGACAGGCUCCAAAGCUACACAGAGAAACCCUGUCUCCAAAACAAAACAAAACAAAAAAAAACUUCUAGUGAGCACAUUUUUAAAAAGUAUUAAGAAGCCUGCAGCAGUAGGUUGUGAGUUCCAGGCCAGCCUGGGAUACAUAAGAGAACUCUAUCUCAAAACAAUGAAGGACCAGGGAGAUGGCUUGAUGAGUAAAGACGCCUGCUGCCUGGUGACCUGCGUUUAACGCCUGUGUUCUACAUGGUGACAUGUGGGAGGAGAGAAUCAGCACGUUGUCCUCUAACUGCCACAUGUGUGCCUUGGCAUGUAUGUGUGCUUGCACACACACACACACACACACACACACACACACACACACACACACACAAACACGCACAUAUACAAUAAAUAAAAUGUAAUAAAUUUUUUUUAAAGAACAUGUAACGUGUAAGAUAAAUCUUAACAAUACAUUUUGCCUGCAUGUAUGUCUGUGCACCGUGUGUGUGCCUGGUACCAGCAGAAGUCAGAAGAGGGUGCUAGAUCCCUUGGAACUGAAGGAAUGGAUGUUGUGAGCCACCAUGUGGAUGCUGGAAUUGAACCCUGGUCCUCUGCAAGAACACUAAGUGCUUUGUUUAUUUGUCUGUUUUUCAAGACAAGGUUUCUCUGGGUAGCCCAUGCUGUCCUAGAACUCACUCUGUAGACCAGGCUGGCCUCAAACUCAGAGAUCCACCUGCUUCUGCCUCCUGAGUGCUGGGACUAAAGGCAUGUGCCACUAAGUGCUCUUAACCACUAAGCCUCUCCCCAGCCUCUGAUUGUAAUCAUAAAUUUUAACUUAAUAUUUCCAAAACCUUUUCAUUGCAACAUAUAUUAAUAUAAAGGAUUGAUGACAGUU